AUGGCGUUGAAAGCCAGAGCGCUUUACAACUUCCAGAGCGAAAACAAAGAGGAGAUCAGCAUCCAGGAGAACGAGGAGCUCGUCAUCUUCAGCGAGAACUCCUUGGAUGGGUGGUUACAGGGCCAAAACAGCCGCGGCGAGACCGGCCUCUUCCCUGCCUCCUACGUGGAAAUCCUUCGCUCCCGCUCAGGCUCCAGCUACACGGACUAUUCCAGCAGCCCAGCCAGCUCCCCCAGGCAUGACUCCUCCUUCUACGCAGCCCCCGCCAAUGCUGGCAUCUCCUACCAGGGCAGUUUUGAGGAUGACGAUGAUGAUGACUGGGAUGACUGGGAUGACGCUUGCACGGUGGUGGAGGAGCCCCAGAGUGCGCCGGGCACCAACGGGCACCCGUCGCCCAGCCUGCAGUACCCAGUGGCGUACGGCCACCACCAGCACGCCAGUUACCAUCCCAAGCCGGCGCUGGAGAGGCAGGACAGCAUGAGCUCCUCCAAGAGGGGCAGCGUUGUUGGGAGGAACCUCAACCGCUUCUCCUGCUUUGUCCGCUCAGGGGUGGAAGCCUUCAUCCUGGGUGACGUACCCCUGAUGUCCAAGAUCGCCGAGGUGUACUGCAUCGAGAUGGGCUCCAAAGGUCCCCAGUGGAGGCCGAACCCCCACCCUUUCAUCUGCUCCGUGGAGGACCCGACCAAGCAAACCAAGUUCAAGGGCAUCAAGAGCUACAUCUCCUACAAGCUGACUCCCAGCAACAUCAACUCGCCUGUCUACCGGCGGUACAAGCACUUUGACUGGCUCUACAACCGCCUCCUGCACAAGUUCACGGUCAUCUCGGUGCCCCACCUGCCCGAGAAGCAGGCCACCGGGCGCUUCGAGGAGGACUUCAUCGAGAAGCGCAAGCGGCGGCUCAUCCUCUGGAUGGACCAUAUGACCAGCCACCCCGUCCUCUCCCAGUACGAGGGCUUCCAGCACUUCCUCUGCUGCCGUGACGAGAAGCAGUGGAAGCUGGGCAAACGCCGGGCGGAGAAGGACGAGAUGGUUGGCGCCAGCUUCCUCCUCACCAUCCAGAUCCCCACGGAGCACCAGGACCUGCAGGACGUGGAAGAUCGAGUGGACGCCUUCAAGGCCUUCAGCAAGAAGAUGGACGACAGCGUCCUGCAGCUGACCAACGUGGCCUCAGAGCUGGUGCGCAAGCACGUGGGUGGCUUCCGGAAGGAGUUCCAGAAGCUGGGCAAUGCCUUCCAAGCCAUCAGUCACUCCUUCCACAUGGACCCCCCGUACAGCUUGGAUGCCCUCAACAAUGCCAUCUCCCAUACGGGCAAGACGUACGAGACUGUGGGGGAGAUGUUUGCUGAGCAGCCCAAGAAUGACCUCUUCCUCAUGCUGGACACUCUGUCCUUGUACCAAGGGCUCCUCUCCAACUUCCCAGACAUCAUCCACCUCCAGAAAGGCGCCUUCGCAAAGGUGAAGGAGAGCCAGCGGAUGAGCGACGAGGGCAGGAUGGACCAGGAGGAGGCCGAUGGGAUCCGGAAGCGCUGCCGCGUGGUGGGCUUUGCCCUGCAAGCUGAGAUGAACCACUUCCAUGAGCGGCGCGUGGCCGACUUCAAGAGGAUGAUGCAGUCUUACCUAAAGCAGCAGAUCAUCUUCUACCAGCGCGUCAGCCAGCAGCUGGAGAAGACGCUGCGCAUGUAUGACAACCUCUAACGCCUCCGCUUGCUGCCCCGCCGAGAUCGCGCUCUUCUCUCUCCGCAGCCUUGCACACCUCCUGUUUGUGACCGGCUGAGAACGAAUGGGAACUCAUGACGCUAGUGACCAAAUACCUUCGGGCUUUCUUCUCCCUUCCCGGGCG